AGAGAGACAGACGGCACGCAGGCAGCAGGAUACAGGAGGUAUGUCAGAGGAUGUGGUUUCCCUGAGCUUGCAGAACAUUGCACAGACAUACUUUGAGCAUGACCUAACGGCAGCACGCAAAGUGUGUUUUCUGUGCUCCGCUAGCUGCCUGCCGCAGGAGGACUGAUCCGCUCGGGAUCCUUGCUUCUUGUUAUUAUUGUGCCGUCACAUCCAACGGGAAUCCUACCGUCACUCUUGCGGUACACACGCCGGACGGUGGAUCGCUGACUCAAACUUGCAGCAUCCGUGUGUCGACAGCUCCACAACAGGCUUAAGUGUGAACUCGUUCGGCAGAAAUGGGCUGCGGGUUGAGGAAGUUCCGUCAGGCGGAAGACAACAGUCCGGGAAAGAUUUACUCCACCCUCAAGAGACCGCAGGUGGAGACCAAGAUCGGGGUCGCCUACACGUACCACCACUUGGACUUCCUGGUGGGGAAAGACGAUGGGACGUCCACGCUGUGCCUGUCCUCAGUGAGGGAGCUGCCGUCUCAGCUGCAGGAUCUGUACCAGCAGGGCUUCAUUCUAGCAGCUGUGCACCCCUUCGUCCACCCGUGCGGCCCCGAGCCCGCCAGCGUCCAGCGCCAGCUCUACCGGGCAGUGCUCAUCAAAGUCUCUGACAGCUGGGAGAAGAAUCCGGCCGACUUUGAGCCGUACCAUCUCAAACUGGAGGAAUGCAUGUCUGCAGACCAGAUUCCCACCACGGAGCACAUCCAAGGAUACGUGAAGAAACAGAUCCAGGACGCUGCGGAUCAGGGCAUCAUGUUUGUGGGCUUCAUCCAGGAGCCAGCUGGCCUACGCCCACACGUUCUACGGCACAGAGAACCAGAGGAACCCUCCCUCUCCCUGCACUCCAGCCCCAGCUCGCUGCACGGCUCUGGGCUGACUCCCAGUCCCAGUCCCCUGGAGGAGCCGGAGCUGGGAGACGAGUCCGGAGCGGAGAACGAAGGGAAAAACGGGGGAGGUGAGGCUCUGAGAGAGGACGUGAAAGCUACUGAAGGUGGAGAUGGAGAUGAUCUCUCUGUUGAGAUAUCAGCCGUGUUGAAAUCAGGAUCUGGUGAAACACAGCAAGGAGAUACACUGACACACAACAACAACGACACGGCCGAACGCACAGACACAUCCGAGAAACCCAGCAGGUUGGCCCUGACUAAGAGUGGAGCCGAGCUCUUUGGACUGUUUAACUACCCGGGUCGGCGUGAGGGUCAGCUGAAGUACUACACGGUUAAAGUGCCUCUGCGAGUGCAGCCGCAGGGCGAGGGCAUCUGUACUCUGGAGGCCAACUGGCUCGAUCACAUGACUCAACACUUCAACAACGGAGCUUCACUAGUGGACGGAUACUUUCAGCUGGCCAGGGACAACGAUGUUCUCAUCAAAACUGUGGGCAGCGUGUUCGUGUUCCAGGAGGGAGUGGAGAGCGACAACAAUGCGGCUGCUGCGUACGACGCUAUAGUGGUGGAACAAUGGACAAUCAUUGAUGGUUUACAGGUGAAGACAGACUAUAUUCCCCUGCUGCAGUCGCUGGCUUCAUUUGGAUGGAGACUCACUUGUGUGCUGCCUACACCCAUCAUCAAGACGAACAGUGAUGGCAGUUUGGCCACCAAGCAGAUCGUUUUCCUCCAGAGACCAGUGCUGCCUCGCAAGAAGAAGGAAUCCAAGAAAGUCAUCUUUAAAGCACGGAACAAGUCCAACAAGAACUCGGUCAAAGACGCACCAAAGAACAAGAAGAAGAAAGACUCUACGUCCACCGUAGAGAAAGAGAUAAGUGAUCAAAAGCAAUGUGAUGGAGCCGAGAAGAGCGCUGAAGAGACAAAUACAAGUGUGAAUGAACGAUGGGAGGCAAACCAGAAUAAUGAGGCUGAUGCUGAAGUGCAGAGUGAACAGAAAGAGGACAGAGAGGAAGGGAACGAGACACAGGAAGGGACGGUAGGAGCAGGCAGGGAAAAACAAGAAGCGGUGGCCGGAAAUAGCGAGAGAGAUGGAAAUGCUAAGGAUGAGGUAGAUGUUAAAGAGGAAGAGCGUAGUGUGAAAACAAAAGCUGAAAUGGGGUCGUGUCAAGACGAGUCCUCACCUACAGCACAAGAAACAGGACUACAGGACGAUGAGGUGGACAAACAGGAAGACAGCUCAGCCAAUCAGGAUUGAGGACGCACUCACACCCACCAGGCCAAUGGAAGUGGACCUUUAUGAAUGUUCUAAUUGCUACGCUGCAAAAAAAAUCACUUUGCUGAUCGAUAUUUUGUCUUGUUUUCCAGUAUCGAAACAUCCUUAAAACAAGUUCAGUUUGCAAAUGCAGGCUAAACAUGUCUUGUUUUAUUGAUCUUUAGAUACUCAAGACGAAAGUGUAGCUCACGGUUUCAGACAGGUAAACUGUCAUGCAAACACCUCACUAGGGCUGCACGAUUAAUCGAAUGCGAUUGUUAUGUGCA